CUCCAACCUCACACUUUUCAAUCCAAAUAAAUCUUAAAUUCAAAAUGCCACCAAAGGGAGUUGCAAGCAAGGCACCAGCUGCCGCCAAGGCACCUGCAUCCGCAUCAAAGGCCCCAGCUAGCAAGCAAGAUGCUGGCAAGAAGACCACCACCAGCGAAGGAAAGCCACGCAAGAAGAAGGGACGCAAGGAGACUUACUCUUCAUACAUUUACAAAGUUCUCAAGCAAGUUCACCCAGAUACCGGUAUCUCCAACCGCGCCAUGUCUAUCUUGAACUCCUUUGUCAACGAUAUCUUUGAGCGCGUCGCCACUGAGGCAUCCAAGCUCGCUGCUUACAACAAGAAGAGCACAAUCUCAUCAAGAGAAAUUCAAACCUCUGUUCGUCUUAUUCUCCCCGGUGAACUCGCCAAGCACGCCGUCUCUGAGGGUACCAAGGCUGUCACCAAGUACUCUUCAUCCACGAAAUAAGUUGUCUUUUCUUUGGGGUUUAGGGGGAUAUCGGAUAUGCUUGAGCUCUGGGGUCAUCUCAUAGAUGAUGGCUGUUGUUGUUCGAGGACCUUGGGGUUUUCUUUUUAAUGCGUUAUGGAUGGUCUGCUUUUUAUGGGGGCAAAUGUCUUCACGGUCUGUUUUCGGGGUACGUGGCUGUACAAUAAACAAACGUCUUCAUCAGAAUAGGGAAUUAGAAGACGAAAUUCAAACAUCAACUUAA